AGAACUCACGAAUACGAAUUUGCGAAGUUCAGUAGAAAGUUAAAGUUUGACAGACACUCGUUUGUGCCGCAUUCAGAAAAUGCAUACCAUUUAUCAAAUUUCAAUUUCUGUUAAGCAAAAAGUUAAUUGCUCGAGAAAAAAUUGUGCAACUUUUAUAUUUGUACUCGAAUAAAUUCAUUAAUACAAUCUCUAACGUGAAUUAUGUGAUGUAUUUACAAAUGUGUACAUAGUAAGGACAAAACAAACGAAGGAUUUUAAAGAACAAAACCGUAUAAGAGUGAAAAUUUACCCAAAAGUGAGAAACAAAGUUAGUGGAGAAAAUAAAAGUUAAAUAGAAAAUAAAACAUCCACGCAAACUUACCUCCGACGCCCAUAUUUUAAUUUGAUAAAAGUUACUGCACUUUUUCAAUGACACCUGCAAUUCGACUGAGAUAAUUGGUCGAUACGUGAUUAGCAGCAAACUUUCUAGUACAGUACACUUAAAAUAAUAGAAGAAUUAGGCUAUAGGAUCUUAGAUUAUUUAUUGAUGUUGUUGUCGAGUGGCUUCGGGUCUAAAGCUUUUGAUCACCUCUAUUGAAAAGAGUUGAUUCAUUUUUCAUUUUGGUAAAUCGUUUCGUGAACUUAUAUAUUUAUCUUUCCUAAAGACAAAUAGUUUUGUAAAAUAUACAGCUUUCAUAAAUUACAACUUCUGUUGUUUUUUGUGACUAUAAAAAUAUAUUUUAAACAUUAGUUUUGCCACGCCCUCAUAUGUUGACAGUUCCUAUAGCCGGUCAAAACCACCACGACGGUGGGUGUCCGGUUUUGAGGAAUUUCACUGUAUAUUGGUUUAUUCACUUUUACACUUUACAUAAAAAUAACAGUUAUCCUACUUAUACAAAUGAAAAGAAAGGUUAUAGAACUUUCAAAAUGCCGUUUACUGUGUGCAUUUCUAUAUACAUAUACAUACAAGUAUAUAUGUAGUUAAAAGGCGAAGUAUUUAGUUGUGCGGUAAAGGUACGGUUAAAUGUCAAAAAUGUCGGACAUCGUGGAUACCGAACUACUAGUGAAUUGUACAAUACUCGCCGUCAGGCGUUUCGGACUUAACACUAUUGUAAAUUCAUCCGUAUUGAAUAGCCUGAAUCGUUCGGAAGUUAUCAGUCUACUUUCUGGAAUAAUAGAGAAUAAGGACAACCUAGACAACAUUAAUGAUGCAAAGGACUUUUUAACCGAAUGCUUAUUUCCGUCACCGACGAGACCGUACGAAUUGCCAUGGGAACAAAAAACUAUUUGGGCAAUUAUCUUUGGUAUGAUGCUGUUUGUAGCAAUUGCCGGAAACUGCAUUGUUUUGUGGAUUGUUGCUGGUCAUCGCAGUAUGCGCACUGUUACAAACUACUUUUUGCUCAACUUGAGCAUAGCGGAUUUGCUGAUGUCCUCAUUGAACUGCGUUUUCAAUUUCAUCUUUAUGCUGAAUUCAGAUUGGCCCUUCGGUUCUAUUUACUGCACAAUAAAUAAUUUCAUGGCGAAUGUGACCGUCUCCACAUCAGUGUUUACCCUUGUGGCUAUAUCACUGGAUAGAUAUUUCGCAAUUGUUCACCCUUUGAAGAGACGCACAUCAAGACGAAAAGUACGGAUCAUUCUUUUACUGAUAUGGGUUAUUAGUUGUUUGCUAGCAGCGCCCUGCUUAUUGUACUCGAGCACAAUGACGAAAAGAUAUUACAAUGGCAAAUCGAGAACUGUGUGUUUUAUGCUGUGGCCAGAUGGACGCUAUCCAACAUCGAUAUCAGAUUAUGCUUACAACAUUAUAAUCCUUAUACUCACAUAUGGCAUUCCAAUGGUUGUCAUGCUAAUAUGCUAUACCUUGAUGGGUCGUGUUCUCUGGGGAAGUCGUUCUAUUGGAGAAAACAUUGAUCGUCAAAUGGAGUCUAUGAAGUCGAAAAGAAAAGUAGUACGGAUGUUUAUCGCCAUCGUUUUAAUAUUCGCAAUAUGCUGGUUGCCAUAUCAUAUGUUUUUCAUAUAUGCCUACCACAACAACGAUAUCACAUCCGCCAAAUACGUACAACAUAUGUACUUGGGGUUCUACUGGUUAGCUAUGUCGAAUGCCAUGGUAAAUCCAAUAAUAUACUAUUGGAUGAAUAAAAGAUUUCGAUUGUACUUUCAAAGGAUCAUAUGUUGUUGUUGUUAUGGUGCAGCUAGUCGCAAGACGGAUUCCCCGAAUUUAAUUGCUAAUAAAAACAGUUUUCAAAAAACUAUUAAAGUAGAGGGCAAAAAUAUUUGGAAACGUAGCACAAUGGAGACACAGAUACAGGUUGCGCAAACUUCACUUCGCGAGAGGAUCACCAUGGAUAAAACCCCGAAUAAAAUCGUUGUGGACUGCAUACAAGAGAAAGCCAAAAAUGACAGUUCUCCAGUUUAUAUUUCAACCAAAAGCGGAGCUGAUCAGAAACGAAUUAUAAUUAAAUGUAUUUCCUGUGACGAGGACAAUAAAUAUGGUAAAGAUAUUCAGGGAAAGAAUAGAAAAGACACACUCUAAUUGUAAAUUGGAAUAUAUAUACACACACAUGUAUGAAUUUGUAAAUAUCUUAAGUUAAGUAAUUUAAUGUCAUAUAUGGAAUACGUAACCCACUUUGCAGAGCGAAUUAAGAAAACUCAAUAUGUAAAUAGUUAGAUUAUUGAGCUUUAAAAAUAACUUUACAAUUUAUUCAAUAUAAUAUUAUCAUUAUAUUACAAGUUGGUACCUUAAUUACUGAAUUUUUUCAACUUAUUUUGAGCCACACCAUCUGAAUGUACAAUAUAUAUUAGUUUCGUUCACCUAACUGUUAUUUGUAACACCUCAAACUAAUCGAGUUAGAUAUAAAGUUAUGUAUAAGUAUAUCAAUGUGAUCAGGAAGAUGAGAUGCGUUGAAUUUGUUAUGUCUCUUUGACCAUGCUUGAGUAAAAAUUUUAAUAUUCAUCAAUAUAUCUUACUACACAUAAUCCAUGGCAGAGCGGUUGGUGCAGAUGAGAAAAAUCGAAUCAUUGGCACGCUAACAAAAUGCCGUUAAUCAAAAGUUUAUAAAGUGUUUUAACUAAGCCGUAAGUUUAUUUUAAAACGGUUAUUAAGGCGUAUCGAAGUUUUGAGUCUCUAAUAAAUUUAAAGUCCACACCACGCACAACCAUUGAAUCAAAAUCGACCAAACUCGUUGGCGACAAGUCCUUCUAGUACAUCUUCAUACAGCGUAAAAAAAAUUUAAUUUGGUUAUAACCACGCUUACUAAAAGUGCGAUAACUAACCAGAUAUAUCAGAAGCAUUAAAUUUUACAACCGAUAUCGCACGGAAGAACUGCAGUGAAACAGUUGAGCAGUGAGCCUGGCACCGCCUGUUUUAAGUUGAAAUUUCAUAUUUCAGGACUUCAUGAAUAAUUUCAACCAAACGUGGGGUUACUAAAUUAUUCCGGUAUUCUUAUGUUGCACCUUUUAUCCAAAAAUGACCGGAAUGGAACUAUAAAUUUUGUGUAAAAAAUGUCCUCCUAUAUUUAAUAUACAAUUUUUCGAAUUUCCCAUUGACUUUAUACAGUCCAUUCCUCCAAUACCUAAUAUAAGAUUUUUCUAAUUUCUCACUGACUUUAUACAGAAUACACCAGUCUAUAUUUGAAUUAUCUUAAAGAAAUUCAAAGGCCCCCUUUUUCUAACAAUAAUUUCCUUUGUGUCGAAAUGUAAAAUCAGGUCUACAGUUCAGAUAACCCCAAUAUAGUGAUUUCCGAAACCAAAAGUGUUCCAUAAUUCUGUGCAAAAAUGGCCCAUUCAUAUACAACUUUACUCGCUUUGCUUAGCAAUUCAUACUUAAACAACGAAGCGAAGAAACAGCCUUAACUAUUUUGUGUUUUCUGUUCAUAAACAUUAAAAUAAAUUUUAAUAAAAGAGAGGAGUUUUUUAGUGUUA